GUUAAGAGAAUUGGAGUAGGCACAGGGCGAGGGACACGGGCGCUGGGCGUUUAGGUCCAAGCUGCAGCCGCUGACUGGUAGCGAGGACUUGAGUGGAACAUGGCUCGGCCGUACAUUUGCCUUCUGGCCCUGGCGGCUAUGCUGCUGCUAGGUAUUGCCACCAUCUCCAGAUCGAGGGGCCUACGGGACAAGGCGCAUCAGAGUGCGCCGCGAAUACCUUCUCAGUUCAGCCAAGAAGAGCGCGUCGCGAUGAAGGAAGCGCUAAAAGGUGCCAUCCAGAUUCCAACAGUGUCUUUCAGCCCCAAGGAGCUCAACACGACAGCCCUGGCUGAGUUUGGAGAAUACAUUCGUAAAGUCUUCCCUACUGUGUUCAAAACCAGCUUCAUCCGGCAUGAAGUCGUGGGAGAGUAUAGCCACCUGUUCACUGUCCACGGCUCGGACCCCAGCCUACAGCCCUACAUGCUCCUAGCUCACAUUGAUGUGGUGCCUGCCCCUGAUGAAGGCUGGGACGUGCCCCCUUUCUCUGGGCUGGAACGUAAUGGCUUUAUCUACGGUCGAGGCACAAUAGACAACAAGAACUCUCUUAUGGGAAUCCUGCAGGCCUUGGAACUUCUGCUCAUCAGAAACUACAUCCCUCGAAGAUCUUUCUUCAUUGCUCUGGGCCAUGAUGAGGAGGUGAUGGGGGUCAACGGGGCUCAGAAGAUCUCAGCCCUUCUACAGGCAAGGGGCGUCCAGCUAGCCUUCAUUGUGGAUGAGGGGAGUUUCAUCUUUGAUGGUUUCAUUCCCGGCCUUAAGAACCCCUUUGCCAUGGUUGCAGUCUCCCAGAAGGGCUUAAUUAACCUCAUGCUGCAAGUAAACACAACUCCAGGCCACUCUUCAGCUCCUCCAAAGGAAACUAGCAUUGGUAUCCUUGCAGCCGCUGUCAACCGACUGGAACAGACACCAAUGCCAAACAUGUUUGGAGAUGGACCAAUGAAGAUGGCAUUGCAGGAACUGGCAAAUGAGUUUUCCUUCCCUACCAAUUUAUUCUUGAGCAACAUGUGGCUCUUUCGGCCCCUUGUAAGCAGGUUGAUGGAGAGGAAUUACAUAACCAAUGCCCUGGUCCGGACCACCACGGCACUCACCAUGUUUAACUCAGGAAUCAAGGUAAAUGUCAUCCCCGCUGUGGCCCAGGCCAUCGUCGACUUCCGGAUUCACCCCGCACAGACUGUCCAGGAGGUCCUAAAACUAGCCAAGGACAUUGUGGCAGACGACCGGGUCCAGUUCCAUGUAUUGAAUGCCUUUGACCCCCCACCCAUUAGCCCCUAUGAUGAUCAGGCCUUGGGCUACCAGCUGCUCCGCCAGACCAUACAGUCUGUCUUCCCGGAAGUCAACAUUGUUGUCCCAGGUACAUGUGUUGGCAACACAGACAGCAGACACUAUUCGAACCUCACCACUGGCAUCUACCUGUUCAACCCCCUCUACCUGCAGCCACAGAGCUUCCGCUUCGUGCAUGGAAUCAAUGAGAGAAUCUCAGUCCAAGCCUACGAGAGGCAAGUGAAGUUCAUUUUCGAGUUUAUCCAGGAUGCUGACACAGACCCCAGGCCAGUUCCUCACCUGCAUGAACUGUGAGGUCAGGGAGCCUGCUGGUUUAGGGGUGCCUGAUGCUGGGCCAGGACUAACCCAAGGGGAAAGCCGGUGUUGAUGAAGCUUCUGGUCAAAACCACCUUGCCCACCUGCCUUGAUCAUCCCUAAAUUCACCCACGAACAAGGCCAGGGAGAAGUGAAGGCCACCAGGAACCCACCUUCGCCCUUCCUGCCGACAGUGCCAUCCUUCAGCAGAUGGGCAUUUACUGCCUUCUUGUCCAUAUGUUAGAAGAUAGCUGGUUUGUCUUCCACUCGUUAAGGCCUGAUUUAGUAAAUGCAGAUUUGAAAAGUACCAA